UUUUUGAAUUGCAGACUCUGUGCCACAUUUCAGUGGUCAGUAAACAAGAAAGUCAAGAUGAAUAUUGAUCCAGAUGAAGAGGAUGACAUGGAGAGAUUUGAAAUUGAUGAUCGCGAUAUCGAAUUCGCGAUCAAUCCGGACGCAAGACGUGGACUUUCUAAAAAUCAACAACUCUAUGGUAUUUGGGCUGAUCGUGAAGAGAGUGAUGACGAAGAGGAUUCACAUGCUGGAUUUGGAUCGGCAACGAGGUCGGGAAAGCGAGGCAAGAACUACUCGGCACCAGUCGCGUUCGUCAGUGGUGGUGUUAAGCAUGGUAAUCGCAUCGAAGGAGAGUCGAAAGAAGAGAACGAUGACGAUGAACCGAUUCGCUUCGACCAACAUCGGACACGUCGUACAACAACGAAACGACAGAUGGGCGCUAAUGUGUUCGCUGGUCUGCGGUCAUCAACAGUGCACAGUACGGUUGAUCCGGAUAAAUUUGCCGAUUGGGCGAAGCAUUCGAAAACUGACGUGUUGAUGAAAAUGAUGAGAAAUAUGGGAUACAUACCUGGUCAAGGUCUUGGCGCUAAUAAGCAGGGAAUCGUGGAGCCCGUUCUCUUGGCGCUAAUAAGCAGGGAAUCGUGGAGCCCGUUCAGGCAGUGCUACGGCCGGGACGUGCCGCAAUUGGUGCAUAUGGUAAGGAAUCGAAAGGACCGAAGUUUGGAGAUUCCGUUAAUACUUUUGUUGUGUGCUUCAGAAUCUGCAGCCGACGCUCAGCGGCGAAAAGAUGAUGCUGAAACGCUUGAGGAAGCAUCCGGUGGCACGAAACAACGUCGCGGCAAUUGGAAGAAAGCAGGAGUUGGUGGCAUUCGGAAAUCGCUCACGUAUCAAUUCAAAACAAUCGAUGAGGUUAUCGCCGAGGGUGGUGCACUAAAGAAACGACUCGAAGUGUCUUCUGGAAUCAAAGUAAUCGAUAUGACUGGAAAAGAGCAAAAAGUGUACUCGGGAUAUGAGGCAUACGCUGCAAAAACACGAGCAGUUGCCGAAACAGAAAAAGAGCACCUCGCAUUCGAUGUGCCCGAGUUGAUGCAUAAUUUGAAUGCGUUGGUUGAUAUGACUGAAGAAACGAUACGCGCCAAUAAUCAUCAAUUACGUUUUCUUGAGGAUCAGACGACAGCAUUAGAGAACGAUCGAGUGCAGUUGAAUGUGGCAUUGACGAAGGAGCGUGAUGAACAGAAGCGAAUGAAGGAGGUUUUGGAGAUGCUGGAGAAGUUUGUUUCUGUUCAAAUUCAUUUGAUUAUCGCAAAUGAGAAUUUUUCAAGAGGCAUCGAGGUUGGUAGCAGCGACAGUGACAGUGAGCCAAUGCUGCAGAAAUGUCGUGGAUUGUUCGAAAAAUUACAGAAAGAUUAUUAUGAGGAAUAUCGAUUGUUCAAUCUGGAUCAAGUGGCAGUCGCUAGUGUAUUGCCACUGAUUCAAAAACAUUUCGCGUCAUGGAAUCCGUUGGAUGAGAAACAAGUCGAUUAUGGUUAUGCGCUAAUGGCUGAUUGGAAAAAGAUUCUGGAGGCUGAAGAACGCUUCGUGCUAGGAACAACGAAAAGUUUAGAAAAUUUGUCUCCGUUCGAGCGACUGCUGUGGGAUGGUUGGAUGCCAGCGAUAAGACGUGCAGCGUUGAGGUGGGAUCCACGAGAUGAUGCCACGUCGAUGUUGUCUGUAGUCGACAAAUGGUUGUCGUUGCUGCCAAUUUGGAUGCGCGAGAAUCUUCUUGAACAGAUAGUGAUCCCGCGCAUUUCGGCUCAAGUCGAGGAAUGGAAUCCGUUGAUUGACCAUAUUCCAAUUCAUACAUGGAUGCAUCCAUGGCUCGAUAUUAUGGGUGAUCGUCUGCAACCAGUCUUCUCACCUAUCCGCCAAAAGCUAGCAAAGGCACUACGAGAAUGGAAUCCUACGGAUCAUAGCGCCUUAUCGAUGCUUCGUCCAUGGAAGGGUGUCUUCGCAGCGGCAACAAUGUCAGCAUUUCUCUCGCAAAAUAUCACACCAAAACUCGAAAAAGCGUUACGCGAAAUGGAUUUUGACCCCACCAAGAACAAGCGUUAUGAUGAAUUUUAUGCAACCUUGUCGUGGGUGGAAAUGUUGGGUGCCGAUAAUAUUGCGGGUAUUUUCGUAAGAAGUUUCUUCCCGAGGUGGUACGAAACAUUAUGCAUGUGGUUAGAAGCGCCUGGUGUGGUAAUGGAAGAGGUGGCGAUGUGGUAUAACGAAUGGAAAGGUCGAUUUCCAAUCGAAAUCUCGUCACUUCACGUUAUUCGAGAACAGUUGAUGCGCGCACUGUUAGCAAUGAAUGAAGCUCAACAAGGACUACGCAUCAGUCGUCAACCCCAACCUCAGAGUGUUGCUUCUCCGGCUCAUCUACCUCCACAUCCACAAAUGCCAUCUGGUAUGAUGCACAGUGGCACACCACCUGGACUACCUCAUCGACCUCCACCACCACUGCAGUCACAACUCUCCUUCAAAUUGGCACGUUUUUUGCAGGAUGUACUUGAGUUACGAGCACGUCAAGCAGGCGUUUUGUUUGCGCCUCAAGGUAAUAAGUUCUACGAUGGUAAACGGGUGUUCACAUUUGGACAUAUGUCGAUUUAUUUGGAUCGUAACGUCAUCUUCGCAUUCAACACUGAUGCACAACAAUGGGCACCGAUCGCUCUCGAUCAUCUUCUUACAAUUUGCUGA